CCGGCCGCAGAUGCUGACCAACCAGCUGCUCUCCGCUGCCCGUGUCGUAGGACUGCAGGCCCGCCGCAAUUACGGUGUGUCGGCCGUCCUGCUGUCGAAAGCCAGCGAUCCUAUCCAGCAGCUGUUCGUGAACAAACUGCGCGAGUAUGGACAGAAGAGCGCUGGUGGCAAGCUGGUUGAUGCUACUCCUGAAAUCGAGAAAGAACUGAAGCAGGAAAUGGACAAGCUGGCUAAGCAGUACGGCGGUGAUGCGGGCGUGGACAUGACCGCCUUCCCAACGUUUAAGUUCGAGGAACCGAAGGUCGACCCGAUCAAUUCGACCGCAUAAACCGCACCCAGCCGUGUGUAAAAGCGCUUUCGCCGGACAUCUGCGAUCACUUACGAUAGGAGUUAUUACUGAACCGUGCGGAUGGUACUGAAAAAUCACCGCUUGUAAAAAUUA